AUGUCACAAGAAAGCAACAUUGAGUUAGACAUUGAAAUAGACAAUGAAGAAGAUGAGUUCUUGGCCAACAUUGAUUUUCAUUUGAUUGAGGCAGCUAUGAUCUUGCAACAGGAUGAUGAAUCAGUUCCAAAUAAUGUCAAUGAGAAUGAACCGGUAGUUCUUCCUUCUGAACAAGAUGAAGAUGUCAGCAACAUAAUAAAUAUUGAUGGCAUUAAUAAGAAUACUAAAUUUAAAACUGACCAAGACAUUAAAUUAUUCCAAGAAAUUUUGGUCUCUGUGGCUGAAAGUAGGCCAAUACUUCAAAUCCCUCCUGAAGAGUUAUCUGCCUAUGUGAGUAGUUUUAUAUAUGCAGUAAGGAAAAAAGAUGGCCAGGAAUAUGAGCCAAACUCUCUAAUAUCAAAGUUCCAAAGCAUUCAAAGGUUUCUAAAUGUGAACCAAUAUGGCUUUUCACUAUCCAAAGAUCAGGUUUUCCAGAAAUGUAAGCAGGUGUUGAAAGCAAAAACAAAACACUUAAAAUCACAAGGCAAAGGCAACAACCCAAAUGCUGCUGCUAAAUUCUAUGCAGCUGACCAGCUUGGUGGAAACAAUCCUAGAGCACUUCAAAACUCUAUGUGGUUUAUUUGCACCAAUUUUAUUGGUAUGCGGACUGGCACAGAGGUUCAUUCUCUUUGUUGGGGAGAUGUAAAGUUGAUGUCUGAUGAUGAUGGCUCCGAAUAUCUGGUGUAUUGUCAGGAGCGCCAAACCAAAACUAGGACUGGGGCUUAUCCUCGUGACCAAAGAAAAAUAAAGCCAAGAGCUUAUGAAGUUAUUGAAAAUCCGGCACGUUGUCCAGUGGCUUUAUAUAAGCAAUUUGCUAAUAGCCGUCAAGAAGCAAUGUUGGAGCCAAACUCUCCAUUCUUCCUAACUGUAGCUUCUAACGUACCUGAAAAUGAAAAACCUUGGUAUAAGAAAUGUACCAUGGGGAUUAACAAAAUAUACAGCAUAAUGAAGGAUAUGAAGCAUGCAACAAACAUAGAUAAGCCAAAUUUAACACCAUACAGUGUAAGGAAAGGAAUGGUACAGACAUUAAAUUAUGCUGGCGUUGCACCCAACCACAUCAUUCAGAUUAGUGGCCACAAAAAUGUAAACAUUGUCAACAAUUACAGCACGUUGAAUGAAAGUCAACAGAAAGAUAUUUAA